GAGUGGGCGGAGCCUCUAGCGGGAUGGCGGGAGACAUCCUGGAAGGGCGGGGGAAGGAGGAGGAGGCCUAAACUGGGCCACCGCCUCUAGGGAAACCCGGGAGGGGUGGGAAUAGGGAGAAGGAGGAGUGAGUGUGACUCCCGACCCAGGAGGUGUGGUCACCAUAGAGACUCUCAUGGGGCCAGGCUGAACCCGAAAGAGAGGCCAGCUAGGGCCAGGGCCAGGGACAACGUGGCUUCCGGUCUCCUCACUUCCGGCUCCGCAGCUCCAGGUCUGGCUCUUCGGGACUAGGGGACCCCAGGAGGCGCUAAGGGCUGUGCUAGUAGUUCGGAAGUCGCAGUUGGGGACAGCCACUGGGGCUCCCGACCCACCUUCCCCCGGGUUCAAGGAAUGUCCGACCCCAUCAAUGAUUCCACAAUUCUUGGUGUUUCUAAUCCAGCUACAGAAGAACAGGAUUCUGAGGAAUCUGCCAUGGCCCAAGAAUCUCCCAAAAAUUCAGCAGCAGAAAUUCCAGUGACCAGCAAUGGAGAAGUUGAAGAUUUACAUGAACAUGGCUUUAGCAGGGAUUUGAAGUGUUCAUUACCAGCUGGACUUGGUCUAUCAGAAACCCAAAUUACAUCUCAUGGCUUUGACAGCACCAAAGAAGGGGUCAUUGAAGCAGGACCAUUUCAAGGUUCCCCAGCACCACCCAUGUCUUCUGUUAUAUCUCCUAGCAGUGCUGCAGCUAGCAGACUGGCUGAACAAGGAAGGGACUUAAUUGUUCCUACAGGUGACCAGAGAACACAGCAGAAAAGUGGACCAGUUAUUUUAGCAGAUGAAACUAAAAAUCCUGCAAUGGAGAAAUUAGAGCUUGUAAGAAAAUGGAGCCUGAACACUUAUAAGUGUACUCGCCAAAUAAUCUCUGAGAAGCUGGGUCGAGGCUCAAGAACAGUGGACCUUGAACUGGAAGCUCAGAUUGAUAUAUUAAGAGAAAACAAGAAAAAAUAUGAAAAUAUAUUGAAACUGGCUCAGACACUAUCCUCCCAGCUCUUCCAGAUGAUACACACUCAGAGGCAGCUCGGAGAUGCAUUUGCUGACCUGAGUUUGAAGUCCCUGGAACUCCAUGAAGAAUUUGGCUACAAUGCAGAUACACAAAAAUUACUAGCUAAAAAUGGAGAAACUCUUCUUGGAGCUAUUAAUUUUUUUAUUGCAAGCGUAAACACAUUGGUGAGCAAAACAAUAGAAGAUACAUUAAUGACUGUGAAACAAUAUGAAAGUGUCAGGAUUGAAUAUGAUGCAUACCGUACUGAUUUAGAAGAAUUGAACCUUGGACCACGUGAUGCAAACACUCUGCCAAAAAUUGAGCAGUCACAGCAUCUAUUCCAAGCACAUAAGGAAAAAUAUGAUAAAAUACGCAAUGAUGUAUCUAUCAAAUUGAAGUUUCUAGAAGAAAACAAGGUUAAAGUAUUGCACAAUCAGCUAGUCCUUUUCCACAAUGCCAUCACAGCUUACUUUGCUGGGAAUCAGAAGCAGCUUGAACAGACACUCAAACAGUUCCACAUCAAAUUGAAAACUCCUGGAGUGGAUGCCCCAUCCUGGCUUGAAGAACAGUAAUCAGGACCUGGAAGAAAAAGACCCAUUGUGAUCUGAGAACCUAAUAAGCAUUAAAAAGGGGAGGGGAGGAGAGAGGACCCUUAUAUUGAUUCUUGCACAAAGAGCUUUAAUUUUUCCCUUUUAAUACUUUAACAGUUGAACUGUUCAAUUUGAGGGGAAGGUGGGUGUGGCUUUACUGUAAACAUAAUUUCUAUAAUCCAAACAUAGCUUUUCUUUUGGAGAACUUCUUUUGUAUUGUGAGGGUUGUUGGCUAUUUCUGUAGUUUGGAAACAUCUAAAAGAGCUUUGCACUGACAAGAUAGAAAUUUGUGGUUUCUGGUCCUCAGGAUGGGCCAGUUAUGAUUUUUCCAAAGGGAGGUUUACAUGAUUUGUAUCAACAUCUAAUAUUUUAUAUAUGAAUAUAUUAAACAUCUUUAAAAGAUUCUUUUCCAUGUGUUAUUUUAAAGAAUAGAGUAAUACUAUUUUAUAGAAUAAAAUUAUAGGGCAUUUAUGCAGCAUCCAAGCAGAGAAAGUAGCUGUAAGUGAUGGCUAAUUGACAGAUCCCUCCUUUAAGGAUGGAGCUGCACCACUAGAAGUUUGUUUUAAAAUUUUUGAACAAACAAGAAUCACCCAAAGCUCCAAGAUCACACUUAUAUUACAUGAGACUUUGAUUGGGUGGUUCUCAUUAGAGAUUUCAUUUUUUAUAAAAUGAAAGCUGCUUGAAGAGACCACCCUCUUGCCAUUUGGUUGAUCUUGGGCAUUUUGAUAAGUAAACUUUGGAAUACAAGUUCUUGGGCAUUUCUAGUCUAAAAAUCUGUGAUAGAAAAUUUUUAGGCAGUGUUGUCCUUUCAAUAAAGUAGAUUCCCAAACAGAUUUCACUGUAAUAAUGCCAUACUAGCCUUAAAUCACAGAGAAGUGCCUUCUUAGAUACAAUAACUCUCUUUGAACCAGUGUACAUACUCUAUAGUGCAGCCCCUUCCAAAUAAUGUUUGCUGUGUCUGUCUCUAGCAGAAUGGGGCACUGUAGAAAAGCUGAAAUACUUUGUUCUUGCUAAACCAAGUUUAAAGUUUAUGGAAAAAUCACUUUUUAACAUUUUAUUCCUUUGGAGGAAUAAUAAAGUGGAAAGGCCUUUUUUUUUCCUUUUUUGAUGGGAGAGUGGGGUGGUGCAGUUUGGGUUGUAGGAGGAAGAAAGGCAACAGUAAUAAGUAAAACCAGUAAUCUUUUAGUUACUGGGCAGUGUUGACUUCAUGUGAGUGACAUCUUGUUUUUCUUCAUCCAUAGUGUAAUCCUUAUUAAAUGUAAAUCCUCUGUUAAAUUUUUUAUCAUAGACAUUAUAAAUUAAUAUUAUUUUGAGAGGUAUCUCUUGCAGAUGUCCAUUUAUUGUGUGUUGAAAUGAAGUACUCAAAAAUUGCCGUUAUUUACAACCAUGUCAACUUUAUGAUUUGUUAUAUGUGUUCAACUUCAGCCUUUUAGCUGAAAGACAUUUUGAAUUAUUAUGUCUGUUUUCGAUGCCUAACACGAUGUAACGUGAUUGUAAAUCAUAAACCUAUUUUAAAAUCAUUCCUUACUGCAUAUUUGUAUUCUGUCAGAGCCUUGGUUUAUUCUUCUGGCACAAUUUCUUCUUGUGAUAAUAGUUCAUUUAUAUCUCCCAGAAUGUGCCUCCAUUGUGAAUUUUAUAUUCUUAUUAAAGAUGUCUACUGUGCUA